AUGGUGAGGGUCAUUAACGGCAUCGAAAAGGUCGUGAACGAUUCUCAUGGCAACGUUACAGAUAUUCGAGAAGGACACGAUCAAUUAUAUGUUGUAUAUACGUACAUUGAUAUCAAGGGGUCUCUGUCUCUUGUUACUGACGAGUCUGGGAAGAUCUUACAAGAAUACAGUUUUGAUGUUUGCGGAUCUCCCAGAUCUCCUCUUACUUGGCAACCGUUGAAACGUCGUGAUGAAACACUUCAGUCUUCAACAUUUUUGUCUCUCGAUGAAGCUAACAAUCUGUUGUCUCGUUCCCAACAGACAGACCAGCAAGGUUACGAUGGACAUGAGCAGCUGUUAGACAUCGGAGGUGACCUGGUUCACAUGCAAGGAAGACUGUAUGACAGCAUUCACUGCACAUUUUCUACGCCAGAUCCAAGCAACGACGAUUCGCACAGUCUGGUCGGAUACAAUUCGUACGCAUACGGAAGGUUCAAUCCGUUGAGUGGAUCUGACCCCAGCGGAUACGGAUUUUUUUCGGCGAUUGGUCACUUCUUUAGCAGCGCUUUUCACUGGUUUGUUAACACUGUAGAAAACGUUGGUAAAUUUAUAGUUCAUAUCGUCGACGUCGUCGUCAAGAUACUGCGCAAAUUUCCGAUUCUAGAUGACAUCCUGACAGUAGUCAUCGACACAUUUGCCGAUGUCACGGGCAAUGAAUGGAUAGAAUUUGUUUGGAAUAUCGUCAACGAUAGAAUUAUGGGGGAGAGCUGGAGCGACAGCCUUAUAGACGGUAUGAUGAAUUUGGCUACGAGUGGUUUGGGAUCUAUAGUAAAGGAAGCAGCGAGUGCUGAGAAAUUUCUUAUUAAUUUAGCUAAAGGCGAAAUGAAAGCCAUCGGUUGCGCGGAAGGCGUAUUUGACAAAAUGUUAAUGGGAGUCGUUGGAAAUGUUGCACACGACGUAGCAGGUCCGAUCAAUAAGGCACUGCCCAACUCCUUCACUCUCUCAUACAACAACGUUCCUUACCUCAUUCUCGAUCUUCAUGGUUUAACAACGAAAGCCAUCGAAGGUAGCAUCAACGCAGCAGCAAGAGAUGCCAUCAACGGAGACUUCGGUGAUAUCUCGAAAGACACUUUACAGGAGGCUUGGAAAGGAUUUAGGAAUGCCCUCGUGCAGCAGUUGAAUAAGCAGACAAACAAACUUAAUUCUUUUACUACUAUCAACAAGUGGGGCACUAGGAAAGUUCUCGUUAGCAACGUCAGUCACGAGUUUGAAAAGAUGACAACCUUUUUUGGCGGUACCCAAAAACCCAACUACUAUGCACAAGCAACAAUCGAUGUUAGAACGGACAUAGACCGAACGAUAUUAAGUUUUGCCAGACACUUCACGAUGUCCUUCAAUACUCAUACGCAUGCAGUAUACUUUCAGGCGCAGGCGAAUGCGGAUUUUUCUACUUGCACAAGGCGCAACUGA